GGGAGGUGGGGAAUAAUGGGGAGCAUCUGAAUCACAGAGUGGGGACAAAUAAUGAGGUGCACAUAAAUCACAGAGGGAGACCAAUACUGUAAUGGGAUGUGCAUAAGUCACACUGCAGAAUUGGUUCAGCUCAGCUGCUGGGUGUUGUGGGGCCAUGGACUGGCUUUGAAGGAAGACACUGUGGGAGUCUGCCCUGUGCUACAAUCACCUGCAAGUGGGACUUACAGCAGGGGAAGCUAAGGCCCAACUCAGUCGCACAGCAAUUCCUGCCCUGAACAUCCCCUGGAACACAACACUUUAUCUAUCUGGCGGCUAAGUUUCCUCCCAGAAUGACCCCCACCCCUCCACCGGGACUCACCUAGGAAAUACCACAGCUCUGCUCCCGAUAUUCUGCGCAAGGUCCAUCCUCCUCCACUCAACUGACACUCAUCAAGCUACCAGGGCAACCACUGGGCUGGGAGAGGCAAUGACGAAGCAAACACUAUGUGACAGUCGCCAAGAGGCGAGAAACGCGUCAGCACUUUGGGAUAUUUGUAUAUUUAUACAGACAGCUUUAAUAUCACAGAGCCGUCUAAUUCUGUCCCGUUCUGAGCCGUCGCGGCUACCCAGGACUUUGAUUUCAGCAGACUGAUCCAUUUAAGCCGUUUACAGAACUGGGUGCCGUCCGCCCUGGCUACCUUGCAAGUGGUAAGCCGCGGUCACCCUGGACGCCUUUAAUAAGAAGGCUUUCACACAGUGUACAUUGAGUGGCAGACGGAGCCGCUGUGACUACGCUCCUUGUCAUCACCAAUCACAGCCCUAAAAAGGACCGCACAUCGCGGACGCCCCGGUUACCGGACAGACAUCCCGGCACUUAGCAAAGGUGUAAGCGUUCUGGUCUCACUACUAUUGGAAGGCCAACAGAAGAACUGUUUCUAAAAUGCAGAAGAUGCUUGUUUAUGAAGCUGUCAGUAAGGGAAAAGAAGGACUUUCCAGGCACAAAUCUCCAAAACCUGGGACUGUCCCUGGAAAUCAUGGACAAUUGAAAGGUCUCUUGCUCAGGAGAAAGAGCAUAAGUUUGUGGAAUCGUUUACUGAAAAGUAUAUGGAGAAGGAAUGUCUCUGGCGCACAAAAUCAAAAGAGUAUAUGAAUAAGGUCAAAAGGACCAAAGCGCUUGAACAGUUGGAGGCUUUCAGUAGAUAUCCUGAGGCCACCAGGAAUUGGGCCCGCAGGAAAAUCCAGAACCUACAUACGGUUUUCUUAAAGGAGCACAAGAAAAUGGAUAGCUCCCGGAGAUCUGGUGCUGGAGCCGAACAGGUGUACCAGACCUCCCUCUGGUACUAUGACCUGCUCACCUUUACUCUCAGCCAGAAGAUGCAGAGGUCUGGCGUCGUGGUGAUGGCCGAGAAGGAGGUUGACGAAGUGGCAAAUGUGGAUGAAAGUUCGCAGCCACUUUCAACUCACAGUGCAGGGCCAGAGCAAGAGACACCUGGGACCACAGACAUAUCUUUGAUAGCGGCCACUCCUGGCCAGGAUAAAGUCGACACCUAUCUGGCCGAUGGGCUCCACCAGAUGGAUGCAGAACAACAGCUGGAGUUCGAGCGAAUAGCAAGCAAAUUGUUAUUCCAAGGGCGGAAAGUGCGGCUUACGCCGCACACACAACUAGUGGGCCUUGCGCACACCGAGGCUGUACCUGCGACAACAGCGGAGCCAACUCCACCAUCAUCCUGUCCGAGGACCUCCUCACCCCUCAAUACCCUCCUUACCACCCCAUCCUCAUACCUCGCUCCACCAACCUACUUAACAGUCCCUUCUUCAUAUCUGCCAGUACCCUGUCCAGCAUCCUCCUCGCAACGUGCUUUUCCAGCAUCCUCCUCGGAACCUGCUCCCCCACCCAGCUAGAGGCACCUGUAUACGUCCUUACUGGAGGAUGAUAAGGAGUUCCACAGUUUUAUCAUCUGCGUAGGUAUGAUGGGGUAUGAUAUACGCUGUUUCUGGCGCAGAUAAUCCAAGGCCCAUGCACACGUGCUGCAUUGUGCAGGUCAAUUGGACCGGGCCAUUGCCUUUGCAACACAUGUGCAUGAACCAUUGCAUAUCUGCGCCAGAAACACUGUCUAUCAUACCGGUCCAUACCUAUUGCGAAUGAUAAAACUGGAUGAUACAAAAAUUUUGCUAAGUUUUAUAUAUGUUUGUACAGUUUCUGUCUUUUAUA